AUGGGCGUUUUUAAGCUACGGAAAUUUCUCGAGCCAUACUCAGAAACAUUCACUCUCGAAUCCGGCUCUGCAAUUUUAGACGGACCUUCAUUUGCGCACCAUAUAUUUUAUUUAUGCUCUCGGACGGUGCUCCAAACCACCCCUUUUGAGCAGCCAUCGUAUGAGCUGCUAGGCCGGACGGCCAUUUCUUGGCUUACCGCAAUUCGGUCACACGGCUAUCCAAUGCGUUUGCCCCAAAGCGCUGCCAUCUAUUUCGACGGAUACCUCCCUAGUACAAAACGCCCUGAGAGGAUUCGACGUCUUCUUCAAUCCACUCAGAACUUGGUCACAUACCAUGCAAUUUACCCUUCUCGAGUGCCGGCCGGCCGUCCGGGACUUAUACCAGAAACAAGCAUCACAUUAUUCCCAAAUGACCGAGGGAUAGGAACCAAGAAGUUGUUCCCACGGCUGCCAAACCUUCCGUUUAUUGUUCCCGCCAUUAUCGACGCGCUGAGGCUUUCACCGGACUUCAGUUCUACCGUAAACCUUGCACCCGGAGAAGCCGACGGCUUUUGUGCCCAUCACGCUCGGGAACAUGGAGGGACCAUAUUUACCUCCGAUUCUGACCUGCUGGCGUACAACCUGGGUAGAAACGGUAGUGUGGUUUUCUUUGACGACAUGAACGCGGAUCAGAAAGUCCGGAAUAUCAAGGCUCGUCGUUACUCUACCGCUGAAAUUGCUGGUCGACUUUCCUUGAACCCAGACGAGGGACUCCAAGAACUCGCUUUUGCGGUUGCCAAUGAACCAAAUGGGAAGAUACAGCGAGCCCUGGAUAGUUGUAAGGGGGGUUUAACGGACAGGAACCGGGAGAAGUAUCUCCAGUUCGUCAAUUCAUUCCUCACUCCCAAUUUGGUUUCCACAGCACCAUCACAAGGCGGCCCGCCUCUUGACCCACGACUAUCAGAGCUCAUUUUCCGGUCCCCUCAGGGGCUUGGGUCUCGACCUCUCACGCCGACACCAGGCCCCAGAUCCAAAGCCAACAAAAACGGCGCGCCAUUGGAGAUGUAUCUCCCUUUUUUACUGAGUUGCCCAAGUCGAGCAACCCCCUGGGAAGCGAGCACAUCGACGAGACAACUAGCAUACGCAGCUUUGCAGAUUGGUUCCAACGACCAAAUAUCUUCAGUCAUGGAAAUGCGGAGAUUGCAGACCGCUUCCAAGGCUACUUCACGGCCCGCCACUAAAGGAUCACCCGUGGAGGUACCAGAUCUUACCGAAAUCGACAGCCUCGCUACCUCGUUGCUCGAACUUCUAUCCAUCAUGACGGCAGCCGUCGAUAAGAAUACCAUGGUUUGGGCCCUUUUUGCCGUUUACCAGGAUAUUUCGUUGUCCAUUGAGCAGAGAAAACAGACUGCUCUCAGUCUCGAGCUGCUCCUCCAAAUCGCGAGGGGGCGCCUAGACGUUCGCUCCUGGGAGUUUGUCCACCUUCUGGCUCAAACCCAGGCAAGUUAUUAUUCCCUGAGGAUGUUACACCAGAUGCUUGGGGUUUUGGCAUACUCGGGAAACACACUCUCGGAACCCCUAGCAGAGUUAUUCGAACUAUUGCCACACCUUCCGUCCUUGCUGGACUUCCUGACGCUCUUGACCUUUCCCGAUAUUCUCCAGUUGGACUUGUUCUCAGAACAUGAAGAUGUGUUGGCACAAAUAGAGGCUGUAAAACAUCCGCAAGACGGAGAGCCGCCUGAAAAGGAGAAGACUGCUGAACACAAGAAGAAGCAGACACAUCGAACCACCCCGCUCGCCGUCCGUUUCCGCGCCCUCUUCUCCCUCAAACACCUCGCCGCCACCAACCCCCCUACCUCCGCCGAAUCCCUCGCCGCCAUCGACGCCAUCGCAGCCGGUUUCGCCUCGCCCUCGGCGCUGCUCAAGCACGAAUUGGCCUACUGCCUGGGCCAGACGGGCAACGAUGCGUCGAUCCCACAUCUGACGGCGGUGCUGGAGGAUGGGGGCGAGGAUCCCAUGUGCAGGCAUGAGGCGGCCGAGGCGCUUGGGGCGUUGGGGGAUGUGAGGAGUUUGGAGGUGUUGAGGAGGUUUAGGGAUAAGGAGGGGGAGGAGGUGGUGGUUACGGAGACGUGUGAGAUUGCGGUGGAGAGGAUUGAGUGGGCGAAUGGGGAGGGGAGGAAGGGGGAGAAGUUGAGGGCGAGUGACUUCGCCUCGAUCGAUCCGGCACCGCCAACGGCCCAAGACCAGCAGGGACAGACGGUGGAGGAGCUGGGCGAUACCCUGAUGAACACUAGCCUGCCACUCUUCAAGAGAUACCGCGCCAUGUUUGCCCUACGCGACUUGGCAUCGCCCCCCGACUUGCCCACCGCUGUCCCGGCUGUCAAUGCCCUCGCCAAGGGAUUUGCCGACUCCUCCGCUCUCUUCCGUCACGAAAUCGCUUUUGUCUUUGGCCAACUUUCGCACCCGGCCUCGAUCCCAGCGCUGACGGCGGCCUUGAGCAAUAUCGAAGAGGCGAGCAUGGUUCGACAUGAGGCUGCAGAGGCUCUCGGGAGCCUUGGGGAGGAAGAGGGCGUUGAGGAGACCUUGAAGAAAUUUUUGAACGACAAGGAGCAGGUGGUUCGUGACAGCGUAAUCGUGGCGUUGGAUAUGGCCGAGUACGAGAAGAGCAAUGAGGCCGAGUAUGCCCUCAUUCCGGAGGUCACGGGUACUGCUUAA